GAACCCCUUUUAUGCUCGAACUUGAACUUUUGUUCGUUGGAGUGAUCGACAUCAUGGUAAUAGUAUUGGAGCAUUUUCUGUCAUAACUCUAUAGAAACACUAUAUAUUGUGUCUCCAUUUAUAUAUAGAAACCUGCCAGGGCUCUACACAACUCGACAUUCUGCUAAUUUAGAACUUAUGGCCAGCCUCUCCAUUGCGCGUGCCUAUCAGCAUUUCUUCGAAACACAUCCCAAUCGCACUCUAGCCGUCACAGGUGGUGUUCUUAACGCUUUAGGAGAUGUAGUCGCACAGAUUUCGCAAAAUUUUGUCAGCUUGGGAGAACAUGAACAACGUCCAGGUUUUGACCCCGUACGAACUUUACGUUUCUUUUGCUUUGGGUUUGGUCUAAGCCCCCUACUCGGUCGCUGGAACCUUUUCCUCGAACACCGGUUUCCUCUGCGAGCACGGCGUGGGCUCAGAAAAGUCAGCUUCAAGGCACUUACGAAGCGAGUCGCGGCUGACCAGCUGUUAAUGGCGCCAUUAGGUCUCUUCGCAUUUGUCGGCUCGAUGGGAGUUAUGGAAGGCAGAAGCCCUGCACAGAUACAGGAAAAAUAUAUGGAUAUGUAUCGGCCGGCUCUCAUGGCUAAUUGGCAGGUGUGGCCCCUUGCUCAAAUGAUCAACUUUCGAUACAUGCCUUUGCCCUACAGAGUACCCUUCCAAGCAACGUGCGGUGUCUUUUGGACGCUCUACCUUUCAAUUUUGAAUUCUAGGGAGGACGAAAAGCAGGAUAAAGAACACUCAAUCAAGAAAUAAUUGGUUAGAGAUUUUAUAGAGUUACUCUCCCCUCCAUCAUCUUCUGUUACCUUCAGUUCCUGAUAAUUUCCAACUUAUAGUAGCUGUAUUAUCUAGUCUUUCAUCGUCGUUAGAGUUAAAUCUAGAAUGCAUGUAGUCAGAUGUAGUCAUGUAGCUUUUGUUUAUGAAACUACGCGGCGGAUGUUUACCCCAAGGUUUUUACCUUGUAACUUGCAAUUGCAAUUCUUGGAAUCGUUUCAUGCAAACUCAUUGAUGGCUUCAAUAGUAGAGUCUCUACUUCCACACAUUUGUUUCACUGCAUUUAGUCUCUGGACAAAAUACAUAGCAAAGCUUUCACAGUC